UAAAGUGCCCACUUAAGUUUCUUUCCGUUAGAUGUCACCCAUAGAAACUUUUGUAUCUUAAGUGGAAAUUGAAGCUUGUUUUUUCCAUUUAGAUUUUAAACGCUUACCCAUUCUAAUGUUAGUGUACCAUUAUUAAUGAUCUUUACUAACUUUUCAUUAUCCUCAUUAUAUUUCAUUCAUUUAGUUAUUCAUUUCAUUAUUGUGUAGUUCAAUAAACAGCCAUGAGUGACAACUCUAGAGCAAGAGUUGGUUUUGGUCGUGGCCUAAUCAGGAAUAAAGCAUUACGGGGACCAGAACCAGUACCAUCAACAAGUCGAGGGAUACAAAUCAAACGUGAACCAGACACUGAACCUGAAUCUCCAAAUAAUUUGCGGCCUGAUUCUCAAUCAACGAAUAAUUCGAGGCCUGAUUCUCAAUCAACAAACAAUUCGCGACCUGCUACUCAAUCUAAUCCUGCGAUUUCAUUUAGUGGACUUUCGGGUGCUGCUCUUUUGAACUUUUGUAGUUUCUCUUAUACUCCUUCUACUAGUUCUACUCGUCCUGGUCCUUCUACCAAUUCUACUCCUUCUACUAGUUCUACUCCUUCUACUAGUUCUACUCCUUCUACUAGUUCCACUCCUUCUACUAGUUCUACAUCUUCAAAUCGUCUUGAAAUGCCUCCUCGAUUAUCCGAUACAUACAACAAAAAUAGUUACACUUUUGAACCAGAAGUGAAAAAAGUUAAAAAUGAACCAAGAAAUCAAAAUGAUGACAGAGAACAUCAAGCUUACGUAAAGAAAAUAAUUGAAAGAGAACAGAGAGAAGCUACCCGAUUUAUGUUUCGUCCUAAUGCCAGAGUUAAUGAUGUCAAAAUGGAGAUUGAUGAUGAUGCAUCUUCCAUUUGUCCCACUUUGGACGGUGUUAGUACUUGUUUGGACGAAAUAAAUGAAGUCUCGGACGAACACUUUCGCCUCGAGGCGGAUAAAUUCUUCAACAUCAAGAAAAAUAUUGAUUAUAAUGAUACUCCAUUGCCUAUUGUAGCAAAGCAACAACUGAUUGUUAAACAAGUGCAAAUGAAUAGAGUUGUAAUCAUUAAGGGAACAACUGGGUGUGGUAAAACGACUCAAGUUCCUCAAUUCAUCAUGGAGGAUUGUUACUCUCGAAAAAAGCAUUUUAACAUUGUUGUUACACAACCACGAAGACUCGCUACUAAGAGUAUAGCUACAAGAGUCUGCGAAGAACGUGGCUGGAAUAUCGGAGAACUUGUUGGUUAUCAAAUUGGAAUGGAUAGGACUGCAGGAGAAUUGACCAGACUUUUAUAUUGUACGACCGGUGUUCUUCUUCAAAAACUUAUCGCCGAAAAAAAGAUGGACAAUUAUACUCAUAUAAUCAUCGAUGAGGUUCAUGAACGUAGCGCUGAAACUGAUUUGCUGUUAAUGGUAGUGAGAAAAUUUCUAUGGACACAAGCAGCGCCUGUUAAAGUUAUCUUAAUGAGUGCAACAAUCGAUUCGACUAAGUUUGUUGACUAUUUCAGCAUAAAAACAACCAGUGGUAUACCAAUCAAACCUUAUGAAGUAAGAAUCACAGAGACUGUUCGGCCUAUUCUGAAACAAUAUAUUGACGCUUUUCCAAAACAAUGGAUCGAAGAGGCUGGUGGUAAUCCUAAUGAACCAGAUUACUUAGCUUUGGACAUUGACGAUCCAAAUAUUCAUCCAGUUUGUUAUAGGCUGUGUGCAAUUAUGAUUAAGUACUUUGAAAGUCUUGAUAAAUCAUGUUCUCGACGUGGAGCUGUUCUUGUUUUCUUGCCUGGUUAUGAAGAUAUUAGAUAUAUGACGAGAAAUUUGGAUGCAUUUGCAACUAGACAUAAUCUAAAUUGGCUGAUUCUACCCCUUCACUCUACGAUCACUAUCGAGGAGCAACAAAGAGUAUUCAUUCCAACAAGAUUGGGUGAGAGGAAAAUUAUUCUAUCAACCAAUAUAGCCGAAAGUUCAAUCACAGUACCUGAAGUUGUUUACGUUAUAGACUAUUGUUUAACCAAAAGUUUGGUUUGUGAUAGGAUGACAAAUUAUCCAACUUUAAAAUUAGAAUGGGCAUCGCAAAAUAACUGUGAACAGCGUGCAGGUCGAUGUGGUCGAGUUCAAGAAGGUCGAGUAUUUCGAAUGGUUACUUCAGAGUUUUAUGACAGAUACAUGAGGAAUGAUGGUGUACCUGAAUUGUUGCGUACACCUUUAGAGAACUCAGUUUUGACACUUAAAGCUCUAGAUCUUGGUUCACCCAGAGAGUCGUUUGCUCUUUGUAUUGAUUCUCCUAAUUUAUCGGACCUUAAAAGGGCAAUCGUAAGACUAAAGAAAGUUGGUGCCUUAACUAUAACUAUUAAUGGUAGAUAUGACGAAGAGGAUGGAGAAUUGACUUUCCUUGGAAAAACAAUGUCUUAUUUACCUUUGGAUGUUCAAUUAUCCAAACUUGUAAUGAUGGGCUAUCUUUUUGAUUGUCUUGACGAUUGCAUCAUAAUAGCUGCCUGUCUUUCAUUGCAAAACUUUUUUGAAAAAGGUUUUGAUGACACCAUCCGAGCUUAUAAAGCACGCUUAGCAUGGACUGAAAAAACUUUCAGUGAUCCUAUCGCUUAUUGGUACGCUUAUCGGACAUUUUUCGAUAUGGUUAAUGCUGAUAUAUUUGAGGUACACUCGAAGAAAGCCAAGGCAUGGUGUAAAAGAAAUUUUGUUCAAUAUAAUAGAUUGAAGGAUGUCAUUAAUUUAGUUGAUGAACUCAAAAAAAGAUUAAGUUGCAACGGAAUUUACACCGAAGAGAGACCCAAUAUGGUUAGAGAUAAAUUUGAAGACCAACUUAUUUUAAAAGUUAUCAUUGCUGGAGCUUUUUUCCCAUACUACUAUGUCCAGUCACCUGUCUCAAAUCCUGAUAUUCGUAAAGAAUUAGCUGAUAAAUCUCAUUUAGAUACUGUUAAGCUAAGCCAUUUACCCCAAAACGAAGGUGUUUUAUAUGUUAAUCAAAUCAAAAAAGCAUUAUCUGAUAUUGAUGAACACAUGGAACUUGAAUUUGAAAGCACUCAUUGUUACAUUACAUUUCACGCUGCCGAAAAUGACAUACUCGCUCAAGCCGUUGCUGCACAAACUGAUGGCAUGAAUGUCCCAAGAAUAGAUGGAGCAUUGUAUCAAGAAUCGAUGCUUAAUAGGGAAAUAUUUAGAGAGAACACCGUUAAAACUGCUGUUUAUUUGGCAAUAAAACUAAAACGCGCUGGACGUCCAAUCUUAAUCACUAAGUACAAACCUCAAAUUGCUUCCCAACGUAUUAAAGCUCUUGCGGCUAUUAGAGAUGGUAAAAUCGAGGCUUCCAAUAACUUUAAAACAAGUCGUUUCAUCAUUUCUCCUUUUAAAAGUUGUCGUAUACCAGAAGCCCGUUUACCAUCAAAGGGCAAAAAAAGUAUUGAUGUCUUUAUCACAGAAGUCGAUACAAAUGGCCAUUUCUGGGCUCAAAUGCGUGAACAGCAAACAAAAACCAUGUUAGCAGAGUUACAAAAAGCCUAUGCAGAAGCUUUCAAACCUUCGACUUAUCCUUAUAAUGAUCCAAAAGUUGGUGAUAUGAUACUAACACGCUACGAAAACGAAAUGAUAAAUUGUUCUGAAGUCUGUAGAGCAAGAGUUGUCAGAGUUGAAAGAGAUAAACGUCGACUCGAAGUUUUUUUCAUCGAUUUUGGAGGAUUCGGUGUUGUUGAAUUUGAAAGUCUUAACAACUGUGUUCGCCUUGAUCCUACAAGAAUGCCUGCAGUGCUUUUUACAAUACCUGCGUUAGCUAUGGAAUGUCGUUUAUGUGAAGUAAAACCGGCACCAGGUCGAGUUAUGAUCCAAGAAAAUCGCUAUUCUGAUUUAAAUACAUUCAGACAUCUUGUAAGUAAUCGUGAGGACAUCUAUGGGAUGAUUUACUCAGUGGUCAAUCAAGUUGUUGCGCUUAAAUUAUUCAGAGCAUGUGAUGAUGGCAUUUCGCUAAAUGACAAAUUAGUUCUUGAUGGUUUAUUUGUAAAAGAUGAAGAGAGAAUCGCAUCUAAAUUAGAUUGUGAUAUUCGUAUGAAUGCCUCUGCACCAAACGGUUUUGUUGAACCUCUUUAUUCGCUGAAUGAAUGUUGCACUGUGGAACCGUUAGAUGUUGAUGAAGAAAAAUAUAUGGAUGACCGUCUUGUUAAUAGCUACAGUAGUCCAUUCACCAAAGAAAGAAUAAAAUUGAGUGGUCCUCACACGCCUAUUGAAGUCAAUUUUCAAGGAGUAACUAAACAAGAUUCAGUGCUUCGUGUCCAGGUUGAUACUGAUUCUGUUAACUCUGUUUGUUGUGAUGCAAAUCCAGAAAAACCAAGUCCACGUCUUCUAGUUGCGUCUAUUGUCCAGCUUCAUCAAGAGCAGAAUAGAUUAACAAUAAGAAAUACAACUUUAAUGCCUGAUAUAGUAGGUUUCCCUUACAUCAUGGCCAUCUUAUUCACACCCAGAGUUGAAUUUCGUGUUGAUCUUGAUAAUCUUCAAUAUCAAGGAGGAUUGUUUGGACUUGGGUACGAUGAGCAAACUAGACAGUCUUAUGAUCCAAACAAUGACAUGGAACUGGAAUUUAAUUGCUUCAUUGACAAUGAAGAUAUUGCUGAUAUAAAUUUACUUCGUUUCUUAAUAAGUCAAGUGAUAUCACAACAAAAAACAUUCGAUGAAAUCUCUGGUCAAUCUUUGUUCAAGAGACAACAGGAUAUAAGACAGCAAAUAUUGAAAAUAUUAUCAAAGAACAGAACCACUUUGCCAGUUCGAAAUAAGUUCGCUCGUCAAUUUAAAUGGAUUGAUCCGGAUCAACCUCAAAUCAACGAAAGUCCAGAUGAACUUGGACCUAACCCUUUCUAUUUAAGUCAUAGUGCUAUUCCUCAAAUUACUUUUACUAACUUUAAAGAUAAAUUGGCCGAUAAUCUACAGAGUCUGAAACACGUUGUCAACGGCAAUCUACGCGCUUCCAUUAAAUGUCAACUCUGUGAUGUAAAACUUUUCAAUCGAAAUUCUAUUUUUGACCAUUUAAUAACACCAGAACAUGUCGCAUUAGUCAAAAAUAUAUUUGAGCCAUCGCAAUGGCCCGAAUUUGCAUUGCGAAAUGAAUUUCGAUUGCAAGAUGAACCUGAAACGCCAGAUGAACUUGAAGUGCAAGAUGGAAAUCAAUCAGAUGGAGAUAUGUGGCACCCUUAGAUGAAAAAUGCAUAUUAUGUCACCAAAAGUUCAAGUUGUGAUGAAUCUGGAAAAUUGAGGAGAAAAGAGUUACUGGAUUCAUUUUCAAUAUUUAUGUUUGAUUUACAUUUUGGAAAUGUUCAAUUUUCGUUUUAUAAGCCAUACUUUACUAUUUAUCUUUAUUUUGUUAAAUCUCAUAAAUUGAAAAAAUAUUAGUUCUUUCUAAGUUAUGAUUACCAAAUUACCGAUUUUCUAUUAAUCUAUAAUCACGAAAUCUUCAUUGAUCUCAUACUAAUGUGAUUCUAUUUAUCUAUUAAUAAUAAUUUCAUUCAUCUCACUAGAGUCCACCAUUUCCUAAUUGCGACUUCAAUCUUUACGCUUUAGAACCUUCACAAAUCUAUGUUUUUUUUAAAAACCAAAUAAACAUUUGUUAUUAGAUUGUA